AUGCAACAGCCAACGAAGCCGCAAAGCAGCAUUACUGCCGCUAUCCAAGCUCGGUAUCAGAAGACCCGAAACGACUUGUCCGCCGCUCGCGCCCGAGAGGAUUCGGACAACAGCUUCUAUGCGAGCUUGGAUUACGCUCUCCGACCAGACGAUCAGGGCGCAUCUACGGCGGCGAAUAUUCACGGGCACAAGACGCGGGACGAGCAGGAUACAAUCAUCCGCAAGGCAGUCUUCACUGCGGUCUAUGUUCAGGAUAUCAGCAAGCUCGUCACAUUCCAAUACGUCCGCUUCCAGGGCUGGAAGCUCGUCGGUCUAGAUCAAGACGGCGAUGCUCUUCCCGUCAUUUUUGAAGGGGACAGCGGCACUGCCGGCAAGGACCAUCAACACCCGGCGCCGGUCCCCAACGCGCACGACGACGUGUUCGACGACGGCGGCAAUUACGGCCGGGGGAAUGCCAUCGUCAGUGGUGGUAGAUACGAGCUUCCAAGACCACCCGCCAAAUCCCCACGCCUUCAUUGA